CGGGGAAGCGGGCGGGCUGCGGUGCUGGGAGUGGGCGCGCGUGGAGCGGAUGGCUGAGGGAGCGGGGCGAAGAACGAAUUCUGAGUCCCGGGACAGCUGAAAAUGCAUCAAGGACUUUGCUCCAUGCAGCAUUCGCAUGCACAAAGGUGUUUAAGUGCUGCCUUUGGUUACCUUUGCCAGAAUGACCAAGUUAGGUUUCCUCCGUUUGUCCUAUGAAAAACAGGACACCCUCCUCAAGCUCCUCAUUCUGUCAAUGGCAGCUGUUCUCUCUUUUUCUACUAGACUCUUCUCUGUGUUACGAUUUGAGAGUGUCAUUCAUGAAUUUGAUCCGUAUUUUAACUAUCGCACCACUCGCUUCUUGGCAGAAGAGGGUUUCUAUAAAUUUCACAAUUGGUUUGAUGAUAGAGCAUGGUAUCCCCUGGGGAGGAUCAUAGGUGGAACCAUCUACCCAGGUUUAAUGAUCACAUCAGCUGCCAUCUACCAUGUUCUGCACUUCUUCCACAUUACAAUUGACAUCCGAAAUGUGUGUGUGUUUCUGGCUCCCCUCUUUUCUUCUUUCACCACCAUAGUAACAUAUCACCUCACCAAAGAACUUAAGGAUGCAGGAGCCGGUCUUUUGGCAGCUGCAAUGAUUGCUGUGGUGCCGGGUUAUAUCUCCCGUUCUGUUGCCGGCUCUUACGAUAAUGAAGGCAUUGCUAUAUUCUGCAUGCUUCUGACUUACUAUAUGUGGAUCAAAGCUGUGAAGACAGGUUCUAUUUACUGGGCAGCCAUUUGCGCUCUUGCCUAUUUCUACAUGGUUUCUUCUUGGGGUGGCUAUGUAUUUUUGAUUAACCUAAUUCCACUUCACGUCCUGGUACUGAUGUUGACUGGACGGUUCUCCCACCGGAUUUAUGUGGCUUAUUGCACUGUGUACUGCCUAGGAACUAUCCUCUCAAUGCAGAUCUCUUUUGUCGGUUUCCAGCCUGUUCUUUCAUCUGAACAUAUGGCUGCCCUGGGGGUAUUUGGUCUAUGUCAGAUUCAUGCCUUCGUGGAUUAUCUGCGCAGCAAACUGAAUCCUCAGCAAUUUGAGAUUCUCUUCAGGAGUGUGAUCUCCUUGGUUGGCUUUGUCCUUCUGUCAAUAGGAGCUGUUUUGAUGUUAACAGGAAAAAUUUCCCCAUGGACUGGACGCUUCUACUCAUUGCUUGAUCCUUCUUAUGCAAAGAAUAAUAUUCCAAUCAUUGCUUCAGUUUCUGAGCACCAGCCCACCACAUGGUCAUCCUACUACUUUGAUCUUCAACUUCUUGUUUUCAUGUUUCCAGUUGGUCUGUAUUACUGUUUCAGUCAUUUAUCUGAUGCUCGAAUUUUUAUCAUCAUGUAUGGUGUGACCAGCAUGUAUUUCUCUGCUGUGAUGGUUCGUCUCAUGCUGGUACUGGCCCCAGUUAUGUGUAUUCUGUCUGGCAUUGGAGUCUCUCAAGUAUUGUCAACUUACAUGAAAAAUCUAGACAUCAGCCGACCUGACAAGAAAUCAAAAAAACAACAGGAUUCUACUUACCCCAUCAAAAAUGAAGUUGCCAGUGGAAUGAUCCUUGUCAUGGCCUUCUUCUUGAUCACUUAUACCUUUCAUUCUACUUGGGUAACCAGUGAAGCAUACUCUUCUCCCUCAAUAGUUCUGUCUGCUCGUGGUGGCGAUGGGAGCAGGAUUAUUUUUGAUGACUUCAGAGAAGCUUAUUAUUGGCUUCGUCACAAUACACCCGAGGAUGCAAAAGUUAUGUCUUGGUGGGAUUAUGGCUAUCAGAUAACAGCCAUGGCAAAUCGAACCAUCCUUGUGGAUAAUAACACUUGGAAUAAUACGCAUAUUUCCCGAGUUGGUCAGGCCAUGGCAUCCACAGAAGAGCGUGCUUACGAGAUCAUGAGGGAGCUGGAUGUCAGUUACGUCCUAGUAAUAUUUGGAGGCCUCACUGGAUAUUCUUCAGAUGAUAUCAACAAAUUCUUGUGGAUGGUGCGAAUUGGAGGGAGCACAGACACUGGGAAGCACAUAAAAGAGCAUGAUUACUAUACACCAACAGGAGAGUUCCGGGUGGACCGAGAGGGCUCCCCGGUGCUGCUUAACUGCCUUAUGUACAAGAUGUGCUACUACCGUUUUGGACAGGUCUACACAGAAGCUAAACGCCCACCAGGUUAUGACAGAGUGAGAAAUGCUGAAAUUGGCAACAAAGACUUUGAGCUUGAUGUUUUGGAAGAAGCAUAUACCACAGAACACUGGCUAGUUCGAAUAUAUAAAGUAAAGGACUUGGAUAAUCGUGGAUUGUCAAGAACGUAACUUGCCUUCAGAUGUACCAUAAUAAGCACUGAUCGAGCCUUUGUGAAACAGAUGGUUUUUAUACUUUUUGUCAGCAUGGAAUUGGGACUUAAUUGCCCAAGAAAUCCCAUCUUCGUGUAAUGAAUCUGUAUUAUGAUUUUUAUAAAUACAAACCUGCUACCAAAUCAGGAGUAGCUUUACGAUAGGAUAAUUAAAAGGGUGUGGAAAAUGUGGA